AUGGCGGACAAUAAAGAAAAAAUAAGUGGUAUUAGCAGUGUUCGCAGAAUCAUCUAUCUGCUUGUAUUGUUUAGCAUGGUGGCAGGACCGGUAGGUGUAAUGCUUGUGUCUCUCUGUAGGUAUAGUACAAGAGACUUAGGAAUAGAAGUUGAUGCACUUAGGCAAGAAGUAGAUGUUCUCAAAAGACUCUCUAAGGGAAUACGUAUCUUAAAGGAAGAACUUAAGGAGAAUCUCCCACGUCUAUUAGAAGGCAUGGAUACAGGAGUCUGCAGCUCAAGUGAAAUACUCAGCAACUUGAAUGAUGCUUCAAGGAAGAUUUUGAAAGACCCAACAGAGUUUUAUGAUACUACUAAGACAGGCCAAAUAGACUUUGCCUUGAAAAGUUUAGGUGGUUCUAUAGCAUCUACACGCGAUACCAAGGACUAUAAUCCAUCACAGCUUGAAACUUUGUAUCAUCCAGCAGAGCAAAUCCUUCAGCCUUGUGUCAUGCCUGGUGAGUGCUGGGCAUUCGAAGGAUCAGGUGCUGUUGUGAUUCGACUAAUUGGUAAGGUCAGCAUUAGGGCAGUGUCUAUGGAGCAUGUUUCACGUGACACGUUGGCCGCAGGCUUAAGAAAAAGCGCACCAAAAGAUUUCUCUGUAUGGGGAUUGGAUAGUCUUCAUGAAGAAGGACACUUCCUUGGAAACUUCACCUAUGAUAUUGAUGGCAGCCCUCUACAGUACUUUCCAGUUCAGGAAGCAUUGGCAAAAUCAUUUCCUUUAAUUGAGCUCAAGAUUCACACAAAUCACGGAAACCCGGUGUACACAUGCCUUUAUCGCUUCAGAGUACACGGAACUAUGGAUCAUUACGGACGUCAUCAAACUGAAGGACAGUAA